UUGACAACAACCCAAUGUUGGUGGUGCGAAAUUUCGCGAUUGGGAGUUAUCUGAUAUUUCUUUGUUGUUUUUAUUUAAUUCCGUGGUGCGAUUAAUUAAUUUCGAAAACCGUCAAAUGGAAACCGACGCGCACAUGAUGUCGCAGCAGUAUGCACAAGCUCCUCAACCAACACAAAUACAACACCCGCCUGCUCCUCAACCAACCAGAGAAAUGCAACAAACCAGUGCACCGACGUCAGCUGAUGCCUGUUUGAGUAUAGUACACAGUCUGAUGUGCCAUCGACAGGGAUGGGAAAGCGAAGGAUUUGCCAAACGAGCCAUUGAGUCGCUGGUUAAAAAGUUAAAGGAAAAAAGAGAUGAAUUAGAUAGUCUUAUUCUAGCUAUAACCACAAAUGGUUCACAUCCAAGUAAAUGUGUAACAAUUCAAAGAACAUUAGACGGUCGGUUGCAGGUAGCUGGGCGUAAAGGUUUUCCACAUGUAAUAUAUGCAAGAAUCUGGCGAUGGCCAGAUUUACAUAAAAAUGAACUCAAGCACUUAAAGUAUUGUCAAUAUGCUUUUGACUUAAAAUGUGAUUCUGUGUGUGUUAAUCCGUAUCAUUAUGAACGGGUUGUGUCACCAGGCAUAGAUUUAAGUGGUCUAACGCUACAAAGUGGUACAUCUACUAAUGGUUCUGGCCGAAUAAUUGGCCUAAGAGAUGAGUAUACAGCUGGUGGGGGAGGAAUGUCUCCCUCACCGCCUGGUUCUAGUCAAGUUAGCAGUUCUAAUAUGGACAGUGAUGUAUCGGGAAACAGCCCGGCUGUGACUGUUCAACAUCACUUACCUCCUUUAUAUCACCAACAAAAUCCAGCCACUGAUGUUUCUCAACAAUCAAGUGUCCCUCAAGCUGCUGGAGAUAUUGGUUUGUUUCGGCCUACACUACAACAGCAACAACGUCCUAGUCAUCAAAUUGGUAUAAAUUCUCAAGUACAGGUUAAGACUGAAUCAUGUAACAAUUGGAUGCCGGGUACACCAUCACAUAUACCCCCCAAUAGACCACCAAACAUGCCAUUACAAAAUCCCAGUAUGUUCCCGGGACAAGAGGAAGAAAAUUUAUUACCUAGUCAAACAAUGACACCUCAUGAUUAUCAAGGACCUACCACCCCGAUGCCUGGUACAACAACAGGUAAUCGACCAGUUCAAAGCACACUUACUUAUACACAUUCAAUGCAACCACCACAUCCAACAUUUUGGGGAGUAUCCGAAAUGGGAUUGAGUGGUUUAUUAUCAUCUCAGCCAGCUCCUGAAUAUUGGUGUUCAAUUGCUUACUUUGAAUUAGAUACUCAAGUUGGAGAAACAUUUAAGGUUACAUCUACUUGCCCUCAUGUCACUGUUGAUGGUUAUGUUGAUCCCUCUGGAAGUAAUCGAUUUUGUUUGGGAGCCCUUAGUAAUGUUCAUAGGACAGAACAAAGUGAAAAAGCUAGAUUGCAUAUUGGGAAAGGUAUCCAACUAGAUCUGAUUGGAGAAGGAGAUGUUUGGUUAAAAUGUCAGAGUGAUCAUUCAGUUUUUGUGCAGUCAUAUUAUUUAGAUAGAGAAGCUGGUCGAGCACCAGGAGAUGCAGUCCAUAAAAUUUAUCCUCAUGCAUACAUUAAAGUUUUUGAUCUUAGACAGUGUUAUAGGCAAAUGCAUCAACAAGCCGAAACAGCUCAAAAUGCUGCUGCUGCACAAGCGGCAGCAGUUGCAGGACACCUAGCGGGACCUCAUAGUGUGGGUGGUAUUGCUCCAGCUAUAAGCUUGAGUGCUGCAGCAGGUAUUGGAGUAGACGAUUUAAGAAGAUUGUGCAUAUUAAGAUUAAGUUUUGUAAAAGGUUGGGGUCCCGACUAUCGACGAAGUAGCAUAAAAGAGACUCCAUGCUGGAUAGAAGUUCAUUUACAUCGAGCAUUACAACUUUUGGAUGAAGUGUUACACUCAAUGCAAAUAGAUGGUCCAUCAAGAGCUUGACUUAACCAGAAACUCAAAAUGUUCAAACGUAGUAACUAAUAAGUUAUGUUUAAGAAAAAAUGGUUACUUGUUGUUUAGUAAAACAACAUUGAUUUUUCAUGUUUUGGUGUUUAUCAAACAACAUGUUUUAAUACUAAAGGCCUUGGUAAAAAUUGUUUAGUUUUUCCUGUAUACAUUUAUUUUGUUUAUUUAUUUAACACAAUAAGUGUUUAUAAUCAAACAAGUCCUAAAUAUUUUUAAAUUUCAUUAAUAUUUAAGGUUUCAAUGAAUAUUGACCUUAAGUUUAAAGGAACAGGUUUCCAUUAUUAUGAUGUAUGACAAUAUUAUAUUUAUUUACCUAAAAUUUGAUUUUGAGCCAUUGUUUUUUUUAAAUUUAUUUUAUAUUUCUAAAAAGCAAAUAAAAAGAUAUUUUAUACUUGUAUUUAAAUACUCAAUCCUAUGUUGCUUGUUACAUUUAUAGAAAUCAGUAUUUUUUCUAUUUAUUCAUUUUGAUGACUUACAAAGUCUAACAAAUUUAAAAAGUAAGUCAUUUUUUUAUUUAUUAUUUGGAAAAGUUUCUUUACCCCUCAAAUAAAAAUGUUUUUGCUCUAUAAACUUUGGGCAUUUAAUUUAACUUAAUUUAUCAACUACCUCAAACCCCUUUAUUAUAUAUAUAUAUAUAAAUUAUAAAUGCAUAGUAUAGACAUGUAGUAGAAUACUGCCAAACGUGCCCCAUUUUUUAUUUCUUUAAAAAUAAUUAAAACUCGCUGAUUGAUUAUAAUUAUUACAUUGUUUUUCAUCAAAAAUAUCUUAAAUUAUGUUUAUUUAAUUAUCUUAAGCAAAAUUAAUUUAAUGUUUUUAAAGCAUAAUAACUUUCCAUUCUUAAAAAUACAAAUAGUUUUUGUUUGAUAUUAACCAUACAAAUUUCGUAAAAUUUCAUACCAAAAUCAAAUCAGUUUAAUAUUUUCUUAGAAUAUCUAUUAUUUGGGAAGAAAAUUUUUAAGCAAAAUAUGACUCAGUUACACAAUACAAUUAAUUUCGUGUAUUUUACAUUAUUUAUUAAAUAUACUUUUUUUAGUUAAAAUCUAAUCUUUAAAAUAAUCAUCGAUAAUAGAUAGAAAAAAAAAAUAGUAAGAUUUAAUAUUAAACAGGGCUUUGUGUUAGUAAUUAGAUGAUGUAAAACAAUUUAUUUUAGUGAGACGGUUUUGGUUCUUAAAAUAAAAUUAUAAGUUUUCAGAAAUAUAAGAAAUUUAUCUAUUUUUAAAGAAAUAAAAAUAUAGAGCAUGAAUUACAGUCUAUAUUCUAUAUAUAUAUAUAUUGUACUUAUUUAUAUUUUAAAAUGUAUUUAUAAUCAUUGACAAUUGAAAAAAAAAAUUGAAACUAAUGUAUGUUGUAAGACAUGAAAUGUUUAUUAUUUAAUAUCAAGUGUUCAAACAUUUAAAUGUUAAUAUUACUCUAUAUAUAAUUAUAAAAACAUACUGUGUAUAGUUUAUACUUUAUUGUGUACUUAUUAUAAUAAUUUUAUUGUACACUUAAAAUAAUGUAAAAGUUGAAUAUUUUUAAAUUUUUUUUUUUUACUGAUACGGUUACCAAAACAUUUCUGCAGAAAAUUAUUUUUCAAUAUGUAAAUGUAAAAUGUUUUUAUAUUUAUGCGGAAGUCUAUUUUUAUUGUUUUUGCACUUUUUAUUUUACAAUUUUGUUAAGCUCUACAAUAGAUAAUUGAUUAUAAUAUAUUAUAUAAAUAUGCAUAAUAUCUGUAUUCAAAAGUAUACUUUUUAUAUUAAUGUGAUAAUUGGUAUUAUUUUCAUUAACAAUCCAAUAUAUACAAAAAAAAAUGUAGUAUAGAUUAUUUAGAAUGAAGAUUCAUAAUAAAAAUAAUUUUAUAAUAAAA